AUGGAGUCGAGCAGUCAAGGCGAGCCUCAUCCGACUGGGGCAUCAUCAGCGCUGUCGUCUGUCGGCGGUUUGAAUCGUGGCGAUGGUCAGCAAGUCAUAGAUGUGCCGGUGGUUAAGGAUAGGACCGAAGUUGAGGCGAGGGGCAACGAAGCCAUGCAGACGCCUAGAGCCUCCUCAGGCCGUUCCCCUCUGGGACCUGAGAUUAAAGUUCCCAAUGCCUUCGAAAGAAUGAAGUCUAGUUUUAGUGGCGUUGCAACUUCAUCUAAGCAGUUAGUGCAGGCAAGUGUGAGCAGAGCGGGACACGAGAUGGACGAGCCGGUGAAGAGAGGUCGUGGUAGGCCAUCAGGGGUCAAAAACUCCGCGCCUAAGCCUACCGCCGUCUUCGACGCCAUGGGCGGUGCAACUAAAAGCGCUCGAAACGUUCCAGUGUCUCUGCGGCAGCCAGAACCGAUGCAGUUAGAGCCUGUGAAGAAGCCGCAGUCGUGUCUGACCGAUUCCGGAGAUGCGCCCGGGAAGCAGCCGCAGAUAUUUGGUCUGACUUUCCCUGCGGGGUUGCCGGCAAGGUUUGCGUCGGUAGAGGACAAGUUUCCGCCAAGCGACUGA